AUGUCGGCCGGCGCAUACGACAACGAUGGAGACGCCGUCAUAGAGAUGGACCUCCUCCCGCCGCGCUGGAUCGAUGUGCAAGAGGAGGUUGACGAUACUCUCAAAGACAUCACUCUCAAAGGUGCCAAACUCGACAAGCUCCACGCGAAACAUGUCCUGCCAGGCUUCGACGACGAGUCGGUGAAACUGCAAGAAGAGCGAGAGAUUGAACAAUUGACGCAGGAAAUCACCAGAGGGUUUCAAGAGUGCCAGAAGGCCAUCAAGCGUAUCAACACCAUGGUCAAGGAAGCCAAGCAGACGGGCAACCUACAGAAAGGCGAGGAGACGAUGGCGCAGAACAUGCAAGUCGCGCUGGCCUCCAGAGUGCAGGAAGUAAGCGCUACAUUCAGGAAAAAGCAGAGUACAUAUCUGAACAAACUUCGAGCGCUCGGCGGGUUCGAGUCACCGAUAGGAAGAUCUUCCACCCCCGUGCAGAAUCCAUAUUCGGAUCCUGCCUUGAUGGAAUCCGACGCCGACAAGAGUUUCAGUCAAUCGACGCUCCAGCAGUCAGCGCAGAAGCGACACCGCUCCAAUGACACCGCCAUUGCGCAACGAGAACAAGAGAUCAACGAUAUCGCACGAGGCAUUAUCGAACUGGCUGACAUCUUCCGCGACCUUCAAUCCAUGGUCAUUGAUCAGGGCACCAUGCUUGACCGGAUCGACUACAACGUCGAGCGUAUGGUUACAGAUGUGAAAGGAGCCGAAAAAGAGCUCACCGUUGCCACAAACUACCAGCGCCGCAACACGAAGCGGAAGAUCUUGUUACUGCUGCUUCUGCUGGUGGUCGGCAUGUUCAUCCUACUUUUGGUGAAACCUAAAAGGAGAUCUCAACCGGCACCGCCCAGCUCUCCUGUCGCGCCAGCGCCAGCGCCAGGAAGUCCUCCAUAA